UGCAUGACUUUAGUCUGUAACUAAAUCCGGGGAAGCGAUUGAUAAGAAGUACAUUCGGUGCAGCUCUUGGUGCCCUUUCGGACGGAGGCAGGACUCUGUGCGAGCAUGGCGGCCACGUGGAAGAAACAGGCAUUCGUCCGAAGCGGAAUCCGUUACACUGCGGUCAACGGUGCGAGAGGGCAAGUAUGUGCUAAUAAACCAAUAAUUGGAUAAUGAUAAUGCAGGGAAGAACGUGGAGAAGGGAUCGUGAAAGGCGAUCGAGGCGGCGACGGACGAAAGCGGACGAAAGAGUCGGCCUCGGACAUCGGACCACGCGAGUCCGAGCAGGUCUUUCCCCAUCGGGCAAUCGCUUCAUUAUCGCCGGGAGUCUGUCGGUGUCACCAGUUCCCUCGAUUGGCCAAACCUUUGUCUGGCAUUCAUUCACUUCUUGUCAGCAAGAUCCAUCGCUUCUCUACGAAAUCAGAUCUGUUUCGAGUCGGAGUCGGCAUCUCGCCCCUUCACCGACUCCGUGUUGUGCCUUCCCAGUGCCCAAUAUAUAAUGGACAAGGUACCCAGUGUCUUUGCACUUUGUUGACACUUCCACAAGAAAACCACAACCUUCCUUCUCUUUUCUCUGUUCGUCGACUC